ACCUACGACAUGUAUGCAGUGGAAGCUCUCUACCUUCGGCACUGGUCGAAAUGAGUUGAGGUAGAGUGAAGAAGUAGAUGAAUAGUUGUUCUCAAGAGAAUAUUCCAAUCAAGUUCUCUCAGUCGUCGGUGGCCGCAGAUGCCGAGUAUAACGACCGGAUCCUCGAGACCGGAGUUCCGCCUAUACGCGGGUUCUACCACGUAUUUCAUAUAUCGAUCAAAUAAACUUGUUCUAAGUCAUAAUGGAAGUUGAAGAUAUCUGAAUUGUGCGCAGAGGACAUCCCAGGUACCGAACUAUGUUGAGGAAAAAGGUUAACAUAUAGUCCGAACGAAAAUGAAGAACUUUAUAAACUCCGAUUAUUAUUGCGAAAAAGUGAUUGUGCCAGAACAUUGCUCAACACCCGGGAGAUCAUUCUUCGUUCCCAUCACAAGCAGCUUAGAGGGCCCUCUAUACGAACACCAGGAGCACGAGCAGGUUUAUAAACUCCGAUUAUUAUUGCGGAAAAGUGAUUGUGCCAGAACAUUGCUCAACACCCGGGAGAUCAUUCUUCGUUCCCAUCACAAGCAGCUUAGAGGGCCCUCUACGAACACGAACAGAGCCACGAGCAGGGCAUCCUCAAUUCGUACAGAACCCAAUGUGACGAAAACUGGAUGGUAUGAAGACAGUUUACUCUUCAUGUUGGAUGUGAGCGAAAGUGGUCUGUUCUCUGGAGUAUUCGUACCGCCUCCACCAAGACCAAAAUUUCUCGAUGGUACGGUGAAACCAGAUGCUUUCACAAAAUGUGAUCUCUGCUCAUGGGCAUGGAAGAAAAGCAAGGUUUUGUCUACUGAAUCGUCAUUUGAUAGUCGUAAUCAAGUAGAAUGGAUGUUCAGUCUGGUAAUUGUAUCAAUAAUUUCCGCAAGUCUAGGAGCCAUAGCUGUGAUCAUUUUCAUUCAUUGUAAAAGAUCGAAGGAUAUGAAUUUUGAUGCAAAUAGAUCCACUUCAGGAGAUCUCGCAAAAAACAUAUCAAUGAGGUCUUCGAUAGUAGAUGAAACUGAUAAACAGCAAAUACCAUCAUCGAUAGUAUCAUCAUCUCUGUCUAGUACAUCAAAAAGGAGUGUUUGGAAUUGGCUUACUAAAAAACAAUCUAGUCCAACUCAGCAAGAAAGUAUGACGUGUUCUCCUGUGGAGAACCAUUAUACCCAUAUGGAAGAGCCUUAUAAUAAUGAAGAAGUACUUUAUGCAGAGCUUGAUACGAAAAGUGAUAACAGAAGUACAGAAUCCUAUCACAAUCAAGCUUACACAAACCCAGAUAUUCAAAUAUCUAGUGCCCCAAGUAGUGCAUAUUAUUCUGAUUUAUCUGUGACUCCUAUAGCAGAGCAAGCGUAUGAAGUAGUGAAUUUAGCUACUAUGAAUGUGAACUGGGAGAAACAAUCAGUUCCUUCAAGGUUGACAUCCAUAAGUGAAAACGUUAUCGUUCCAUCUGAUUAUGUUUGAUUGUUUUUACAUAAAUAAUGUCACUUGUUCAGAUCAAUAGCGUAUUUAUUCAAGUGAAAUUUAUGAUUUUUAUUGGAUAAUUAAAAUAAGUUAUGUCUAUAUAUUAUUGCUCCGAAUGGAAUUGAGUCGAUUCCAUAAUAUAUUGAAUGUUUAGUCUUGCAUUUAAUCAAAUAAGUUCAUCUGAUGGCAUGUCAUAAUGAUACCGUUAUGUCAUUCAAUUUUGAUGAUAUAAAGAAGCUCAUUAUGGUA